CCAUUCCGGCCCCAGUGCGUGUGUGUGUGUGUGUGAUGUGUGCAGCCCUGCUCCGGCAUGUGUCUUCUGUCUCUCAGGCCCACUCGCCUGGGCCUCAUGUCACUUGCCUGACAUCCGAUUGUGAAAGAUGUCACCCAGAGGCGGGCAGAGAGGCCGUCUUUUCCUUUUCUCUUUGCUGCCCAGGGAGGAGAUGGGGUGGCCUUUCCCACAAGGGCAGCCUGUGUCGAUGUGGCAGCCGGGCCUUACCCCGGCAGGGCUGUGCAUGACCCCCCGAGUGGGGGAAGUCCGGCUGUUGCCAUGGUGGCUUGAGCGAGCCGAAUUCCUCCAGGGUGAAGUGGGAGAUAUUUAUACCCGGGGUCAGGCCGGGAGCGGGCGGGCGGAGAGGGCAGGGUGCUGGGAUUUCGAGGGGUGCAGUGAGGCCGAGUGUGUAAGCAGGUGGGACUUGGGCGUGCCCCGCUGUCUCCUGCUCCGUGUCUGUGUGAGCCGGCUCCUCCUCUCCCCCUGCCAGGACUACCGGUCCCUGCGGAUCGGAGGCCUCAUCAUCGCAGGGAUCCUCUUCAUCCUGGGUAUCCUCAUUGUGCUCAGCAGAAAAUGCCGGUGCAAGUUCAACCAGCAGCAGAGGACUGGGGAACCCGAUGAAGAGGAGGGAACUUUCCGCAGCUCCAUCCGCCGUCUGUCCACCCGCAGGCGGUAGAAACACCUGGCACGAUGGAACCCUGCCGAGUGCUGCAGGACUCCCCUGGCACCUGAGGUCUCCCACGCUCCACCUGCGCGCCCACCGCUCCCUCCGCCGCCCCUUCCCCAGCCCUACCCCGCAGACUCCCCCUGCCUCCCAGAUUUCCAAUAAAACGUGCAUUCCUCUCGA